GCCCAUCCCUUCAGUUUCCUCAACUUCCUCGUUUCGUGGGCAAGGGAAUCAAAGAAUUGAAGUGGGAAAAGUUUCUGUCGGAGAAAUUCGAUUCUUCGCCCGUAGCAAGCUUCGAUCUUCGAUUAAGGAGAAUCGAAUUUAGGUAUCCAAUUGAAAAGAUCUCAGAGCAUACCUAUGGCGGAGAAACCUCAGCCGGUGAAAGUUUUGUACUGCGGCGUCUGUUCUCUUCCCGCCGAAUACUGCGAAUUCGGUCCCGAUUUCGAGAAAUGUAAGCCUUGGCUCAUAAAAAACGUUCCGGAUCUCUAUCCAGAUCUUCUUAAAGAAUCUGAUGACAAGGCAGCUGAUAAGGUUUCCGACCGACUCCAGUCUGUUGGAAUCUCUUCUGGUGGUUCUGAUGGAGCGCCUUCUUCAGGGCAAACAUCCAAGCCGGAAGAAGUGAAACGUCUUCCGGGUGGCAAAAUAAAGAAGAAAGACAAACAAGAAGUUAUUAUAGAAAAGGUUGUCCGUAACAAGCGCAAGUGUAUCACAAUUGUGAAAGGACUUGACCUAUUUGGCAUUAAACUAAGCGACGCCUCUAAAAAGCUCGGGAAGAAGUUUGCCACUGGAGCAUCAGUUGUUAAGGGACCUACUGAAAAGGAGCAAAUCGAUGUUCAAGGAGAUAUAAUCUACGAUAUCGUUGAAUUCAUCACAGACACCUGGCCAGAUGUACCCGAGUCCUCCAUUUUCUUCAUCGAAGAUGGGAAGAAGGUUCCGGCUGCUUGAUGAUGAUGAUCGCCUUCGUAUGGUUUUUCGGCUAUGCCAUGUGAAAGAUCGUCACUGUAAAACUUUAGAUUAUGUCAUAUUGUCGGGAUUCUCAUACUGUUUUCCUCAUCUGGGUUCGACAGUUUCUCGUGGAGUUCUUCCUCGGAAUCUUCUUGGUAUGGUCUUUGUUUCUGAGCCCUUAAUGUCCAAGCUUUCUAUCGGUUUUUCACUUACCAUCAAAGUUUUGGUUAUAGUGAAUCAGUUGGCAAUUA